AAGCUUGGGAAAUUUGACUACGAGAUGGGACACCUUCAAUUCGAGUCCCGAUUCGAAAGUGGGAAUCUAAGGAAGGUUAUCCAGGUCAGGCAAAACGAAUACGACCUCAUACUGUCACCAGACCUUAAUACACGAUCCCAUAUUCAGUGGUUCUACUUUCGCGUGUGCAACAUCGACAGUAUGUGCCGCUAUCGAUUCAACAUUAUUAAUUUGGAGAACCUAUUGGUUACCUCCCUUUUAGGUAUGCAACCAGUAGUAUUCUCGGUGAAAGAGGCAGUCGAGGGCCGUCCGUAUUGGAUUCGGGCUGGAGGAAACUGUUUCUCCCGUAACUACUACACGGCUACUUUCAGUCUGCAAUUUAAACACCGAGGUGAUGUGUGCUACAUUGCCUACCACUACCCCUACACUCACUCCCGACUUCUGGCCGAUCUGACGGGCUGGCAGCUACGGGCUCAAAGGGUUCAAAAUCUUACCACCACGCUGCUGGACAAUCUUGUUCCCUGUUUAAUUCUCUUCGCAGCAUUUUCAAUAAAAGAGUCUCGACGACCCUACAUAUUUGUGACUGCGCGGGUACACCCGGGAGAGUCAAACUCCAGUUGGGUGAUGCGCGGCCUCCUGGAACGCCUGACGGAUCCCUACGAUGAGGAAAUUGCUAAUCUUCGUCGCAUGUAUGUAUUCAAGGUGGUACCGUCGCUUAAUCCUGAUGGCGUAAUUUGUGGAAAUCACCGAUGUUCGAUGGCCGCAAAAGACUUGAAUCGCCAAUGGCUGAACCCCUCAGACAUCAUGCAUCCGACAAUCUUCCACACGAAAUGUCUCAUCAAUUUGCUAUCGGAGUUGGACAAUGCACCAUAUAUUUACAUAGACUUACAUGGGCACUCACGAAUGAAGGACAUAUUUGUCUAUGGAUGUGAUCCACGACUCUCCUGGAGGGCGUCUGAUGCGCGCAACCCGGUCUUUCGUGGUGCUGAUCGUGUGGAUGAAUCAUUCCUUGAUCUUGCCGAAAUCCUCCACGACGUCGCACUUCCAUUCUCAAAACACGCUAGCGACUACUCCGUUUGUCGUGUUAAGGAAACAACUGGCCGUGUGGUUGUCUGGCGGCAAUUCGGGGUCAUGCGAAGCUACACUCUGGAGGCCACUUACUGCGGCACUACACGCAACUCAGAUUUGAAUGCAAAAAAAAGUAAAACGAGGACACGGUGCUUGACAGACCUUACUGAAUAG